AUGUCCGAGACCUACGGUAAAGAGGCGAGGGAGAGAGGAAAGAGGGUCGGGGGGGUCUUUCCUGAAUAGGUGGGGGCUUUCAAAGGAGGGGGCUUGAGGGGGCAGCAGGACCGGGGGGGCCUGAGGGGGGGGGGGGAGAAGUUGGGAGUGGGGGGGUGUAAGGUGGAUAUUGUCCCCAUUGUCAUUUCCCUAAAUAAGUAUAUUUAAAUCAUCACUUAGAUUGUGAUGGGUUUUUUGGGGUGGGGGGUGGGGUCUUGUGGUGAGGAUGGGGUGUGUGUGUGGAGAAGCCCCCACUCGUGUGCUACCCCAAAAGGGCUUUUUAUGGGGUGGGGGAGGGCGCCGCUUGCCCCCUGGGCCUGUUUUUAAUGGGGGGGUGUCUUGGGUGCAGCAGGUGCGGAGGGUGGUGUUUUUUUUGGGGGGGGGGUGUCUUGGCCUCCCUUCUGCGGAAGGGAGCUUUUUCUGUGAGGGAGGGGGUCCUUCUGAGCUUAGGGAUAAGGCGAGGUGGGUGUCAUUGGUUUAGUUUUGUUUCUUUUGCGAUGUGUUUUGUGUUCCUGUGCUGAGAACCGCCCCGUGGUUAAAGAGAGGCAAACGCACCUAAUAAAUUAUUAUUAUUAUUGCUGGAGCAGUUGUUGGGAUCUCUACCAGGACAGGGGGGCGGGUAUCCAUGAGGGGAAUAUUGUGUUUUUUUAAAAAUAAGAUGAAUGUUACACAUUUUGCAUUUCCAUAGUCUAAAAUGCUCUGUGGGCUUUGGGCGGAGGGCGGUAUAUGAAUUCAAUAAAUAAUAAUAUUUGGGGGGUGGGCUUAUCUUGGGCAUGUUGGGGGUUAAAGCAGACCGUUGGCAGUGCUUGGCUUUGGUCUUCUGGGGGAGGCUAUUCAAGGGGGCAGGAGAAACAAGGUCCAAGGGCAGCCUUGCAUGGCCCAGGUGCCCGCCAGAUGUUGUGGGUGCCAACAGCUGUUGUGGCCUGAGCUGACGGGAGUUAUAGGGCGAAGCAUCAAGGGGGGUGCCAGGUUGAGGUAGGCGAUGAAGGGCCAUAGCUCAGUGGUACAGAACAGCUGCUUUGCGUGUAGAAGGUCCUGGGUUCAAUCCCUGGCAGGGCUGAGAGGGACUCCCUGCCUGUAAUGCUGGAGAGCCACUGCUGCCAGUCAGUGUAGACAAUAGAAAGCCAGUGUGGUGUAGUGGUUAAGAGCGGUGGACUCGUAAUCUGGGGAACCGGGUUCGCUUCCCCGCUCCUCCACAUGCAGCUGCUGGGUGACCUUGGGCUAGUCACACUUCUCUGAAGUCUCUCAGCCCCACUCACCUCACAGAGUGUUAGUUGUGGGGCAGGAAGGGAAAGGAGAAUGUUAGCUGCUUUGAGACUCCUUCGGGUAGUGAUAAAGCGGGAUAUCAAAUUCAAACUCAAACUCAUACUGAGCUCCACGGACCAAUGAGCCUGACUCGGUUCAAGGCAGUUUCCUGUGUUUUCCUAAGGCUGGCUUAGAGAUUCUUGCAUCCGAUUCCCUUGUCAACCUGGCAGGAUAAUUUUGCAUUCUUCAUACCUGCCACCCCAAAUUGAUUCCCUUUGCACCUCCCUCCCACCCUCUUCAAAGAAGGUCGCCCAGUGUCUUGCACCCAGAAGAGGGGCUAGGUCACAGCCAAGAAACAAACCUGAGCAAGACUCCCUUUACGUGGAAGAAGGAGCAAGCUUGCUCUCUGCUACUUGGUAGGAUCCGAACCAAUGGAUUCGAGUUACAAGAAAGAAGAUUGCGACUCAACAUUAGGAAGAACUUCCUGAGAGUGGGAGCCGUUCAACGGAGGAAUGGACACCCUUGGGAGGUGGUGGACUCUCCUUCCUUGGAGAUUUUAAAGCAGAGGUUGGACCUGCAUUGCAGGGGGUUGGAAUGGAUGACCUUUGGGUGCUUCUUCUGACUCUACGAUUCCCUUUCCCCCACCUUUAUAAAAGUGAAUGUUUUUUUUGUUGUUUUUUUUUUGCAUUGCAGCUCAGCAGAAUCGCUGCCUGUCUUUGUUUUCCUGUUCUCAGAACAUGACUCUGUUGUGAACAGAACUCCAAGUGACGCCGGCUGGGCGGGUCGGAGCACAUUUGUCUCUCCUCGCCUCCCCUGCGCUCCUAAAUUGAGGGAAGCGGGAAGAGGUGGCUGAGGGUGUAAUUAUGCCCUUUUCCUAUUUGAAAUCCUUCACCUCCCCAGUAAUGACCCUCAUUAUGUUCCAUUAAGGAGGCUUAGGUGCCUUUUCUUCCCUGCGUGUUUUCGUGUAAAAUCAGCCCACAGAAGUCGCACAUCCUGGAAAAAACAACCACCAUGUUGAGGAAAGAAGCAGUGGCAGCCCACAUCACAGCCCUAAUUAUGAUACCCUUACUACCUGCAUGGCAGGUGAGCAAGAUCCAGCAGCAGCAUAAAUGCCCCAUGGCAGUCAAUAGGGUUAUCUGCCCACCUGGCUCCUCAAAGUAAAUGGUAUUGGAGUGGGAAUGUCUUUUAUUUUUUUUUUUGUAAAAGUGGUCAGUGCAUGGCUGAAACUGGGAAUGCUGCAGGAAUGUAUGGCCUGGUCAAGAACUGGGGAUUAUGUGUCGUUUAAACACUAACUCAUGACAGUUUCUGACCUGACUAAUUUAGUGUUUGACGGCAGGAGAGUGGAACAGUCUCCCUCGGAAGGUGGCUGUGGCGGAUUCUCCUUCAUUGGAAGUUUCUAAAUGGCCAUCUGUUGGGGAUUCUUUAGCUGCGAUUCCUGCAUUGCAGGGGGUUGGACUAGAUGGCCCUUGGGGUCCCUUCCAACUCUACAGCUCUACAAUUCUAGGGCUCCACCUGCCUAGAGUCGAGAGAUCGAUUGGGUAUCUGGUUAACAUUUUAUUCGGGAACAGGUCCCCCUACACCCCUGAAAAUGUGGCCUGUUUUGCCUUUGGAGUGGCAAUUUUAAGGAGAAAAGUUUGUGGGAAUUAUAAGUUAAAUUCUUCAAGGGAGCAAACUCUUAUCUGACCAAAUGUGUGCUUUUAAUAAUUAUUUUACCUGUAUAACGUAUUUUAUUCUGUUUUAUGUAUUUUGUUUUGUGAUGGCUUUGGCUACACAGAUAAUCAUAGAAUCAUAGAGUUGGAAGAGACCACAGGGCCAUCGAGUCCAACCCCCUGCCAAGCAGGAAACACCAUCAGAGCACUCCUGAUAUAUGGUUGUCAAGCCUCUGCUUAAAGACCUCCAAAGAAGGAGACUCCACCACACUCCUUGGCAGCAAAUUCCACUGUCGAACAGCUCUCACUGUCAGGAAGUUCUUCCUAAUGUUUAGGUGGAAUCUUCUUUCUUGUAGUUUGGAUCCAUUGCUCCGUGUCCGCUUCUCUGGAGCAGCAGAAAACAACCUUUCUCCCUCCUCUAUAUGACAUCCUUUUAUAUAUUUGAACAUGGCUAUCAUAUCACCCCUUAACCUCCUCUUCUCCAGGCUAAACAUGCCCAGCUCCCUUAGCCGUUCCUCAUAAGGCAUCAUUUCCAGGCCUUAUAAAUAGUAGCUUUAAUUCAUAACUGUCUUCCUUGGGACUUCCUUGGGAAGGGAAUUCAUAACCCUUCCUUGGGAAGCCAGUGCUUAGUGUUGUCUUAGUGUUGUAACCCUUAAACGAACAAAUAAAAACCAGUUGAGGGCUGUACAAAACAGUCCUUUUAAAUGUGUGGGAGGGGGUCCCUCCCUCCCCAUCCAUGGGGGGUUUCUGCCCUGAAGAGGUUCUAUCGACAGACCCAGCUGUGAAAAUGCUGUUUGCUGUGUUUGCCUUUUCAGACCUGAGCCUCCUUGCCUGGUAUUUGGGUGGGAAACAGUGGGUGUGGCAUCUGUAAGUGUGCACAGAUGUUCGUAAUCGCUGCCUCUGCAUGAUGUGGGGCAGGGUGUUCGAAUUGUGCAGGUGCCGGAACGACAAAUAACUUAAUUGCUGCUUGUGAAAGCUGCCCCAGAGCGCCGCUACUGAAUCCUUCAGGGACUGGUGCGCGAAUGGAAAUACGAUGUAGUUGAUAGGAGCUUCAGAAACUGGGCCCGUCUUGAUAUGGAACUUGGAGCAAGAAUUCUGAGCCCCUUCAGAUUGCAGAGCUGCAGUUGUGUCAGUUCUCCCACAGCAAAAACAGGGCAGGAGUUCUUCAGUGCUUCCAAGCUUGCCCUGCUUUUUUCAGCAAGAACGCCCCAAGUCCCAGCUGCUGGCGUUCACGAGUGUAAGAGGACUGUGGUGCCCACGGUGCAAGAAGGCGGUUGGAUGCAGAGGAGGCGUAUAAAGACAUUGGCUGAGGACCAUUGAAAGGAAAAAUGUAAUUCCCUCUCUGCAAGGCAGAGAGAAGUGUUGAGUUCUGCCACUCUCUUCUCAGGCAUGCCUGUCAGAGGGAGCUGAAUGUUCUUUGCGGCCCAGCUGGAGAGGACAACGUUUUAUUCUAUUCUGGCUGCUCCCUCACCGCGGACAGCUGUGCAACAUCAGCUCCCAAAAUAUUUUCCUAGUAAACAGAGGAGGAAGGCAAAAGGGGAGAGUUAAUCUUGGGCUGGGGCUAGCAGCUCUUAUCUUAAGCAGUGAUGGUGUUGAUUUUUCCUGGGAGUGCCUGUGAAGUCAAGUGGUUGCAGAGUGAGACAAAAUAGACUCCUGGCCUCACAAAUGGGGCCUGUGAAUUCCUGACUGCUUUUGUGGCUACCAUGCGAUGGUCUGUGUAUCACUGGACGUGGGAUGCCUCUGCUAUUGUGUGAGAGGAGGAGGAGGGUUGGUGUCCUGCCAUUUUGCCUACGAACUACCUUGGUCUUCUUUGCUAGUACAGGGACACCACUAGUCUCCUAAGCCUCCUGGCCAGGUCUCUCCCAACCUACAUUCAUUUUUGAGCCUGUUAUUGCCAGGCCACUCUCACUCUCGUUCUCCUUCCAGAUUUCCUCUUCAAAUUCCUGGUGAUCGGAAGUGCCGGAACAGGGAAGUCUUGCCUCCUCCACCAGUUCAUAGAGAACAAAUGUAAGUUUAUUUUGUGUGUUGCCGCCUUUGCAUUCCACCUUUCUAGGCGUGUGCCAGUUUGCAAGGAGUUGGAAACAAAAAGCCGGUAUAACAAAAACAACUUUGAAAGCCAAAUUAAAAUGACAGAAAUAAGAAAGCCAGGGUUAGAAAUGCGCACUGGAAGAACACCUGAGAACAUAAAAAGAACCUUCUAGGUCAGGUUAAUGGCUCAUCUUGUCCAGCCUCCUCUUCUCACAGGGACCAACCACAUGCCACUUUUGGGAACCAGCAGGCAGGAUCCGAGCAGGACAAGAGCAGCCUUCUCCCCUCCUGCUGUUUCUAGCAACCGGUAAUGAGAUUUUUAAAGGAUAUGAUAGAAAGUGCCUGAAUAACAGGAGAUGGUGGCUGUAAAUCUUCUCAGAAAAACACCACUCUGUUUUUUUAUUAUUGCCCUGCAUUUUAUCGGAGCGCAAGGCAGAUUGAUGCAAGGCCAUGCACAGAGAUGAAAAACGUCAUGUUGACAAGGCUGUUUGUAGCUGCCGAGCACUUAAGGCUGGCUAAAAGAUGUGAACAGAGUGAGUCAGAGAUGGAAGGUAAAGAUCUCCGCCAUUUCCUUCCUGUGUUGCAAAAGGCUGCAGAGGAGCAACCUAGAGGCCUCUUUCCUCCCAUCGCCAGCCUUGUGCCCUUUACCUGAAUCUGACAUCUCUCUUUUCCUUCGCCCUGACCACAUGAGCCGCCUUUUCGGCUGUCCCCUCUGCCCCAAAUCUGUUCAGCUGAAAGAGGAGAGGCAGGCACCGUUCUCUCCAGGGUUUGGGGACAGGUAACAUCGGAAUUGCAGUGUUUUACGUGACAUGCUAGAAGUUUUAUGAAGUUCUUAGGUCUUCCUGUGGCUGCGCCUUCCUGCCCGUUGCUCAUUCCGCACCCCCUCCUCUCUGCACUUUUACAGUCAAGCAAGAUUCCAACCACACAAUAGGGGUGGAAUUUGGAUCAAAGGUUGUGAACGUUGGUGGCAAAACGGUCAAGCUCCAGAUCUGGGACACGGCUGGGCAAGAGCGCUUUAGGUAAGGAGCAGGAUCCUCAGUGUCCAUAUUUCUGGGAAUUUAUUUGAAAUACCCAAGUGUGCAUCGCAGGGUUUUCACCCCCAUUGCUUAUGAAGCUGCAUGAUCACCAAUCUGCCAAAGACCGGUGGUAUUGCUCUCUUUGCCACACCACUAAUAUUAAUAGUAAUAAUUUUAUUAUUUAUAUGCCACCCAUCUGACUGGGUUGCUCCAGCCACUCUGGGCAGCUUCCAACAAAAUAUUAAAACGCAAAAAACAUCUGGCCGUUGCAUUUUGGAACUGCUGAAGUUUUGUAGUCUUCAAGGGCAGCCCCAUGUAGAGUGAACUGCAGUGAUCCAGUCUGGAAGUUGCCAGAGGUCCAGGGGUCAAGCCACGUUUGCCAAAAGGGGCUGGAGCUGGCGAACCCUGAGUGCAGGAUACGAAGCCCACCCGCUUUGAAUAGAAGCUCAAGACCUGUAUGGAUGAGCAGUGGUUGGGGGUGGGCAGGGGGAGCCCCUGUUUCUUGAGAGGCGGCUUCUGUGGGCUUCUAUCUGAACAGCCCUGUGCGUUUUUGCUCAGAAGCAAGCAUCUCCCCGCCCCCCUGGAAGUCGCUACAGCAUCACUGCCUAAAAAGCGCGUGUCUGCAUCCUGUCGCUUUUCAGCCCCAUCCGAGACCUUCAACUUCUUUCUCUCUUCUCUAGGUCGGUAACGAGAAGUUAUUACCGGGGCGCAGCUGGGGCGCUCCUGGUCUACGACAUCACCAGGUAUGUCUCUGCAGUUGCCUUCCUUCCUGACCGUCUCCUCCCCCCCCCAACCUGCAGGUCCUAGUCUCUCACAGGUCCUAGUCCUCAUUUAAUCCCCAGAGCAACCCUGUGCAUUGGUAGGAGACGCUGAGAGCAACAGUGGCUGGCCCACGGUUCCCCCCGAAAUAAUAAUAAUAAUAAUAAUAAUUAAUAAUACAUUUUUAUUUAUACCUCGCCCUUCCCGGUUCAGAAAACUGGGCUCAGGGCAGCUAAGAACAAAUUUAAAACACUUAAUUGAUGCAACAAAAAUAAUAAUAACAUAAAAUACAGUAUAAAAUGUGAAUAACAAUAAAUUCAGAAUUCAAAAAUCAGUUUUGGGGGAAAAUCCAUCCAAUAAACAUUCGAUGAUCACCAGGGCUAACUGGCUAAAUUAGUCCUACUUGGGCCAGCGAGGAGACCAGGGGAGAAUUAGCUGUGGCAUCCCAGAGCGGGCAAUCUUCAUAAAAAGGGGAGGGGGAGGGAAGGAAGGGGAAUAAAAGAUCAGGCUAAGUUCAAAUUGGAAGCCAGGCGGAAUAUCUCUGCCAGGCCCUAGUCCGACGCACUAACCACUCGGCGCUCUCUUUUUCCUUCUGCCUGCCUGAUGGGUUCGCUUCUCUCUCUCCCCGCCUCCCAAUUUUGGUCCCGUAUUGCAGCAGAGAGACGUACAAUGCCUUGACCAACUGGCUGACGGACGCCCGGACUCUGGCCAGCCCCAACAUAGUCAUUAUUCUCUGCGGCAACAAGAAGGACCUGGAUGCUGACCGGGAAGUCACUUUUCUGGAAGCAUCUCGUUUUGCUCAGGAGAACGGUAACAUAUGCAAGGGGGGGGGGUUGCUGGGGAGGGGCAUAAUCAACACACCCAUGGAGGGAGAAGCCUGUCGAUGCCUCUGCUCUGUCCUCCGUGGGCAGAGGCAGCCAUGCUUCCGAAUCCCAGUUUCUGGAAACCGCAGGAGAGGGCUUGUGUUUGAAUCCUGAUUGCGGGCUUCCCAUUGGAACAGUCUCUCAAAGGACCUGCUAAUGGCAUUUUCCAAUUGUACUGUUGAGAGUGUAUUAACCUAUGGUCUGUGUGUGUGGUUUGGGGGCUGCACGGUCAGGGGAAAAACAAUGCUGUCCAGGGUUGUAAAGACUGCGGAGAGAAUAAUUGGGUGCACUCUUCCCACCUUGGAUCAAAUCUACGCUUCCAGGUGUCAUAAGAAAGCUGCAGAGAUAGUGCAGGAUAGUGCACACCCUGGAAAUGAUCUCUUUCAGCUUCUGCCUUCUGGAAGACGGUACAGGGUUAUAAAGACUAGGACUAGCCGCCUGAGAAACAGUUUCUGUCAAAAUGCGAUUUUGGUUUUAAACGCAGUAAAAGGAGUCUCUAUGGGGGUAUAUUGUAUUUUAAAAAUGGGGUAUCAAGAGUUUAUAGGGAGCUAACCAGGUUGGGAUAGCUGGGAUAGCAGGCUUGUUGGUUUUGAAUGUCUUAUGUAGAUUUAUUUUUUCAAUUUCGUUGUUCUGUAUGGGACAAUGACAAUAAAGAGUAUCAUAUCGUAUCAUUACGUCAGUGCGAGAAAAGGAUGCUGGACUAGAUGAGCCCUUGGCCCGAUACAGCAGCCAGGCUCUUGUUCGGUUCUUAUGGAACCUCCAGGUCCAGAGGCAGUCUAUCUGGAUUCUUUAGGGAUAUUUGGCCACCGUGAGAGCAGGGUGCCGGACCAGAUGAGCCAUUAGCCUGAUCCAGCAGACUCUUCUCUUGCUCUUAGCUCGCAAGUGGCUCCUUCCCUUCCUCCCCUUCCCCUCCUCACCUGCAGUUGGCUGUUGCAGCCGCUUGAUCAGGGCGUACCUUGCUGAGGUGCUGCUGUUGUGCUUCCUUCCUGUGCCGCCUUUGUGGUGGCAUCACCAAGGACGGCUGAGCUGUGCCUGGCAAGGGGCUGCUGAAGUGCCGCCGCAGGGUGGCUUUGGGGCUGCCCCUCUCUGGGCUUGCAGAAGGGAGCUCAGCCUAGAUUCCUGCGCCCUCUCAGCUUGUUAAUGAGUAACGGCAUUUUGUGACUCCUUCUGCAGUGGCUAACUCUUGAGACAUGGAGGCAGAGGGUGGGGGAAGACUUGAGUCCGGGAGACCUGGAGUUUUUAAUGCAGUUUUUUUUUUUAAAGCCCUGUUUUUUUGCUCUCAUUCUCCCUGGGAAAUGCCCCCCUCCCCCCGGAUUUGGGAGGAGGAGGGGCUGCUUCCUCACACCCUCUUUGCUUCAUCUUCCAAGGCUGGGCCAAAUUUAUAAUCUUUAUCCUGUGUCUGUUUUUCUUUAACCUGGCAGAGUUAAUGUUUCUCGAGACCAGCGCCUUGACCGGGGAGAAUGUGGAGGAAGCUUUCUUGAAAUGUGCAAGGACCAUACUGAACAAAAUUGAAUCAGGUACCUGGGUUGAUUUCCUUUCCCCACCCGACUCCGAAUGAAAAUGAACGUUGGGCGAAAAUGGCUGUGACUUCCAAGGGGUUCAUUUUCUCUCUCUCCCUUCGGUUAUUUUUAAAAUUAUUAUUAGCGUGUAUUUUAUUUAUAACAUAACAAAGUACGAUAGCAAAUGUCACGUAAAAGAAAAAUAGAAAGUGUUACGCAAAAAUUCUAGGGUGAGAGCCUACUCAACAGGCCUGCUCAUCGAGGUGCAAGUACCCCGCAGGUCUUACGUGGUUAAUAAAAGAAGGAAGUUCCAGCCAAGUAAUUUGAAGCAAAACAGCAGUCAGUAGACCACCAUCUUUAUUGUUGUGCAGCAGGUUCCCACACAGAGUAAGAACCCCGAACAUAGGUUACAAGCUCUUUUAAGACCUUUCCCCCCUUCCUAUAAUACCUUUCCAGAAGCAGCAUUGAUACAUCACUGAUAUAUCAUCAACAUGUCGCAAAGAGGGAGGGUGAUACUGAGGUUACCCAAGUUCAUCAACUUGCUCCGCUUAUCAGAUUUAGUCCCAGGCACCGUAAGGGACGCGGGUGGUACUGUGGUCUAAACCUAGGGCUUGCCAAGCAGAAGGUUGGCGGUUCGAAUCCCCACGACGGGGUGAGCUCCUGUUGCUCAGUCCCUGCUCCUGCCAACCUUGCAGUUCGAUAGCACGUCAAAGUGCAAGUAGAUAAAUAGGUACUGCUCUGGUGGGACGGUAAACGGCGUUUCCGUGCGCUGCUCUGGUUUGCCAGAAGCGGCUUAGUCAUGGAGGCCACAUGACCUGGAAGCUGUACGCCAGCUCCCUCGGCCAAUAAAGCGAGAUGAGCGCCGCAACCCCAGAGUCUGCCACGACUGGACCUAAUAGUCAGGGGUCCCUUUACCUUUACGUUUUACUCUUAAGUACCCUCCACCCAAAUAACAAUAAAACUAUGCAUACCCUUGUCCUUCACCCUUCCCGAGGAUGGGUUUUGGGAACACCUGGCCUCAGCAAACCCAUGUAUGGUGCCUGUGUCAAUGGUCAUUAUCCUGGCCUUAGUUAGAGGCUGUGGUGGGUUCUUGGGGUUUUGAGGAAGUCGUUUAACUGCCCCCCCCAUUCUUUGCUUUAACAGAAAGGCAUAUCUAUCGAGAGCUAAACAUAUAGGACAGAAUUCCCCUACCAAAAUUGAACACAAUAAAUUAAUAUUGCAAGGUUCUAAGAAACACAAAUUCUUCUGUGCAUCAUGAAAAGGCUCCAUUUCUUAAUUAAGAAAUCAUCUUUUUUCCUGCCCUCUCUGCUUCUCACCAUCUGUGUGAGCUUCACAGUGUAUGCUGUGUCCCAGAUUUUAGUUCCCCUGUUCUCUCAUGGCUGGUGUUGGCAUAUCCUCCCCAAUUCUGUCAAAUAAUUCUGACAGACCUUGGGUUAGUUCCCUGUCCUCUUCCUGCACAGUUCCUUUAAUAUACUGAAAUAGGAAAAUUCAAGCAUCCAUGUAGAGCAUAGCCAGUUAUUGCUUCCAUUUCCACUGCUACAUCUUCCCAGAAUUUCCUGAUUUUGGGGACACAUCCAGAAUGUACGUUGUAUCUCAGAAUUUGCCACUUCACACCUCCGGCAAGGCUUUACUGUUUCAUAUAUCCAGUUAAGACAUUUAGGCACCACGUUAGGCUCCAAAUUUUAUUUUAGGGUUGUACUAGCUGUUUGUUUGCAGAACUGCAUGCUAAAUUCAAUUCCAUCUAUCUGACGGAAUGUCCAAAAUCCCUUUCCCUGCUACGUUGGUACUAAUUUCUUGCAAGAUCUGCCAUAGAUGCAAAAGAAUUUCACUGGGGUUCACCUUGGAUGGAACAUCAAGGGUGGCAUUAGAGCACCACUGUAGCUUGUAUUCAUAAGGCCUUUGGGGCCCCGGAGAUGGGGCUGGGGGCCUGAUGCAUCCAGGCUGCCUUUCAGGGUCCCCACAAGUGCAUAGUUGGGGAUUCCUUUGAGAGGAGGGGCAGGAGGACUGCUUGGUCGCUCUUGACAGGUCUUCUCCUGCAGCUGCAGGGAGAGUUGGGUGCCAGAAGGCGCAGAGAAGGCUGGCCUCUCUCUGCCUGUGCUGCCGAAGAAGAAGAGGAGGAGGAGUUUGGAUUUGAUAUCCUGCUUUAUCACUACCCGAAGGAGUCUCAAAGCGGCUAACAUUCUCCUUUCCCUUCCUCCCCCACAACAAACACUCUGUGAGGUGAGUGGGGCUGAGAGACUUCAGAGAAGUGUGACUGGCCCAAGGUCACCCAGCAGCUGCAUGUGGAGGAGAAGGGAAUCGAACCCGGUUCCCCAGAUUACGAGUCCACCGCUCUUAACCACCACACCAUGCUGGCUCUCUGGCCGAGUGUGCAGGGAUCCUGCCCAACACAGACAUGGAAAGUGCUUCCUUGAGGCACAUAGAGCCGAGAACCGGUGAUGCCGUAGGAGGAGUUUUAUCAGGACCGAACUCCGUCAGACUGGAAGCAAAGCAGCUCCGCUGCAGGACUUCCAGGCUGCUUAGAAUCAGAGAAUGGGAGCAUUGGAAGGGACCCCAGGGGUCAUCUAGUCCAGCCCCCUGGAUUGCAGGAAUCGCCGCUUUACUAAAGCAGAAUUUGUUGGCAUGCAACCAAGGAAACGGGGGCAAUUGGCAGGCCCCCAGCUGACACCAGCCCACCGGCCGGUGUGCCGGGCAAACUCCAGUCCUUUGUGCAGCAUGAAUCUGUGACCUGAGCUUCAGAAGUGGCAAGAGAGGCUGUGUGGGCAUAUUUACAAGCAGUUCAUUCAGCGUACAUCGGGGAAAAAGGAAACAUGUCUGCUCUCCUUCGUGUCCAAAGCAAAACGGCUAAAGCAAAAGCUAUACACAAAUGGAAAUUCCCAGCAAGCUGUGCUGGAGUGUAAACAGGCAUGUGACACACAACAAUCGUGCCUGUUCCUUAAGGUGGAACGGAAUAUCCCAACAGACUUUUGGGGUUUCUUCGAGCUUCAGAUAGGAGUGGCCCUGCAGAGCCAGGGUUUGGAUUCUGUUUGCCAGCCACGGCACAGACGGGGCGUGCCUGGCUUUCUUUUGUCCCGUCUCUGCCGGACAACCAGAGCCUUUGGUGAGCAGCCUUUCAGUUCGGAGAGAAGCCCGUCCUUUGGCUUCCUGCCUGCUCUGGAAGUGCAAAAAAGCAUUGCCUGGGGAGGGCUGGGGAGCAGCGCUUGGGAAUCAGGAAUGGUCUGGCUGCGGAAGGGCAGUUGCUACAGCCUGACCCCGAAUCGCCCCGGUGACUCUUGCUUUUUUCUCCCCCCCCCCCUGCCAGGUGAACUUGACCCGGAGAGGAUGGGCUCCGGCAUCCAGUACGGGGACGCCUCCCUGCGACAGCUGCGGCAACCGCGAGGGACCCAAACACAGACCCGGCAGCAAUGCAACUGUUAG